CCCCAAGCUUAACGCCGACCUGGUGGGAAUCUUGGUUCGAUUCAGGCUAUUUCAGGUCGCCAUCACAGCUGACAUUCAGAAGGCGUUCCUGCAGAUAGGCGUUCGCACAGAGGACAGAGAUGCUCUCCGAUUAUUGUGGUUCGAAACGAAGCCAACAUCAGGAGCAGCAGCAAACAUCGAAGAAUGGAGAAUGACCAGAGUGCCGUUCGGGACCACCUCAAGCCCCUUUCUAUUGACCGCAACUCUAAUGCACCACCUGGAUAACGUGAAGGACCAACACAGGGAGACAGCUGAUCGUUUGCGGAAUGCGUUCUGCGUGGACGACCUGCUUAUCGGAGCCUCCGACGUUGGUGAAGCCAGACAGAUUCACGAUGAGGCCAACGCAAUCAUGGCUGAAGCCGGAAUGCGACUCCGCAAGUGGACGUCCAAUGCUGCGGAACUACAGUGUGGAUUUGAUGAGACCGAGGAACCACAAGCAUCCCAAGAACCAUGGAAGGUUCUCGGACUCGUGUGGCAGCACAACCAAAACAAAUUGCUGAUUCCCAUGGAAGGAGUAUUGCAUUGCGUCAGCACUGCAGCAAACACCAAGCGUUUUGUGCUACAGGCAUCGGCUCGAGUUUUCCACCCCCUGGGCCUUAUAGCUCCGUACAUGAUUCGGGUCAAGAUCAUAUUUCAGCAGCUGUGGGAACGUGAAAUCAGCUGGGAUGCGGAGCUGCCUGACGACCUUUCCGAGCUGUGGCAGCGGUGGUGCACCGGAAUUGCCACUCUUGAAGGCUCUGGCCGUCGGCCGCUGCACCAUGCGGUGCCCAGCAGAAGGCGUCAGGUCGGUUCAACUUCACGUGUUUUGCGACGCAAGCCUACUCGCCUACGGGUCGUGCGCCUACCUUCGAGUGGAGGGCGAAGACGGAGACACGUCUACAUGCCUCGUGCUCGCGAAGUCACGAGUGACGCCGCUCAAGCGACUGACACUCCCUCGUCUAGAACUAAUGGGAACGGUCAUUGGGACACGUCUUGCCCGCUAUCUGAACGACACAAUGAACCUCCAGAUGAAGACGUUCUAUUGGACGGAUUCAACUAUUGCACUACACUGGAUUAGAGGACAAGUUUAAAGUGGAAGCCGUUUUCUAGGAAACAGGGUGAAUGAAAUUCAGUCCGCAAGCGACCCCGCAAGCUGGAACCACUGUCCUGGAAGUCAGAACCCAGCGGACAUGCUGACGAGGGGAAUUAGCGCCGAGACAUUGAUCGAAAGCGAACAGUGGUGGCAAGGGCCUGAGUGGCUUUCAACAGAACCUUGCAACUGGCCUAAGGGUCAGGUAUUCUACGACAGCAUCCCAGAGGUGCAAAAGGAACGAAAGAAAGAACACCACGUGCUGCACACUGCGGAGGGGAAGGGGCCGGAGCUCCUAAAUCUGAGCAGUUACAGUCGCAUAAUGAGACCCCUCAGGGUUACCGCCUGGAUGUUUCGCUUCAUCAAGAAUAGCCGAAACGAGCUAGAACGGGCUGGGGGUCCACUUACUGCAGAGGAGCUCGAGCAAGCCGAGAAUUACUGGAUUGUGAAGGCUCAAGAAGCAUACAGAGCGGAAAUGGGCACCGCGGGUGGAACCCGAAGCACAAACAGCGUAACCGCGUUACUGAAGCCCUUUGUGGAUGCGGAUGGACGAGUGAGGGUCGGUGGAAGGCUUCAGAAUACACAGACCGAUGUGACAGUCAGACAUCCCCUGUUAUUACCGCCAUCUCACCCCCUCACUGAACUUAUUGUGAAUGACGCGCACCGAAGGACGAUGCACGGUGGCGUCCAAGAUACCUUAAACGAAGUACGUGAACGCUACUGGGUACCACGUGUGCGUCAGCUCGCCAGGAAAGUAAUAAACCGUUGCAACGCCUGCCGGCGAGCAAGACUGAGGCCAGCCUCCGCACCGACCGCUCCGCUGCCGGAAGAGCGCGUCAACCGGGCCUCCCCCUUCGAGGUGGUGGGAAUUGACUUUGCUGGACCACUCCUGGUGAAGGCUUCACCGUCGGACCAAAAGGCCUACAUCGCUCUGUUUACCUGCGCCGUCACACGAGCCGUGCACUUGGAACUCGUGUCCAACCUGACGACUGAGGCCUUCAUUAUGGCCUUUCAGCGGUUCACUGCACGUCGGGGACUACCGGGCAACAGAGACACGCACGAACGACCUGCGGGACGGGGAUCUCGUCCUCGUCCAUGAAAACAAAACGCCAAGGCUCAUGUGGAGGAUGGGGCGGAUAGAACAAGUUCAGCGGGGUCGGGACAACCACGUGCGUUCGUGUUUGGUGCGCCUGCUUGGUAGGGUUACACUUCGGCGCCCCGUCCAGCUCCUCUUCCUCCUUGAACUAUCCCUGUGAACGAAUUCUGCUCAUCGCUGGGGGGAGGGGGGAGGAUGUUGCGGAUUCCAGAACGCUAUUUCCACCCCGGCUGUCGUCCUCCGAAGCACGCGCCGGGGAAACCCGAGCCGACAUCUCCAGCAGCACGAGCGCGGCGAUGGGGGCUGGGGUGAGGGCAGGACGGGAGGAGGAGAGAGCCGGACGCGCCUGAGUCGAACAAAGGAACUCGAACGGACGAGAUCGCGAUGACGCCGACUUCAACAAUGAAUGUAUUUCUGUAAUCGAGUUGAUCUAAUAUAGUUAAUUUUUGUGUAAUUGGGAAUUCCUUUAAUUAGUACAUAUAUAAAACCGCGCACAGCUUCUGCCACAACAUCAUUUUCCGUGAGUGAGGAUUUCAUACCGUCAGUGCGCCUUGUGCCGCGAAAGCUAUUAGAAAUCGCAAAACUACAGGAUCUAUCAUUCAAGCUGCGCUUCGACAAACUGCUCAUUGGAAAUAAGUGCUAUAUUUAUGUGCCUCAAACAGACUGUGUCAGAGAAUUUAACUCCCACGGGUCAGAUGAGAAUUUACGUAGACGUAACGCUGGAAUUAUUAACCGUGCUUCGGCUCGUCAGCCAGAACGUGACGUCGUAAAUCCUAAUCGAGCUUCAGCUUCGUCAUAACGUUCUAUAAGGGGUGAGGCUGCUACUACCAAUACUUUGCAUAAUAAUAAUAUUUCUGUUCUUUUUACCAACAUUACAAGCAUUAUGAAUAAACGGGACGAUCUGUCAUCAGUUGUCGACUCCUCUUACGCGGAUAUUGUUGUGUUAAGCGAGACAUGGUUGUCCAGUAAGAUACGCAACUGUGGAAGUUUGCACUGUCAGAGACGUUUUCACUCCUAUCGUCACGACAGGGAAGAAAGAAAGGGUGGCGCGGUGUUGGUCGCGGUACCAGAAAAUCUACAGUGCUAAUUACACUUCUCUAUAAAGCGCCGUUCACACUCUUGCGACCGAGUA